GGCUGGGGGAGGAGGGAGGAAGGCUGGUAGGUGCUGAGCAUCGGGGUGGGAGGCCUGUAGGCCUGGCUGCCCCUCAGCCACACUUGCAGUAUCUGCAUGGGCCAUCUCCCAGCAGCCUCCUCUCAUGGGCCGACCCCCGAUCUGGGCCCCAGUUUCCCUCAUCCCCCUGCCCUCUACUUUCCAUUCACAGAGCAUCUGGAUGAGGGUCUCUGUCCACUGGAUCAUUUCUCUUUUCUUGUUCUCCCUUCCCCUUCCCACUGGGGUGGUUUUCCAGGGAGCCUCUGGUGGCUGCCAGGACCUCAGGAUUCUGGAUUCAUAGAGGAAUCCUUGUCUCAAAGCCACAUUUGUCUUGCUUUCUUUGUAAAACUGCUCAGAGAAAAGAGCAUUAACUGGGAGUUGGGAGAUAUGGGAUCAAACUGGGCUGGUUGUCCUACUUCCCAAGCAGCAGGUUCCUCACCCAGGAAGAGGGUGUUUGCUUAGUGAUCACUAUGGUUCCAAGGAGUUCUGUGUUGUGUGGUCUGUACUUCUGUAAGAAUCUAGAGUUCUAAUGUUCUACAAUGUUGAGGUCCAGAGUGUCAAGGCCCUAGUAGCUGAUGGUCAGUGGCAGGUUGGCAGGAAAGUGUCAUCGUAGAGAGAUGGGACUUGGCUGUGCCCAGGCUAGUCAAAGGUACCUCUUAGGAGUAUACAGAGGGCAGGCUGGCUUUCCCAUGCUGGGUAUCGGCCUCAAGGAAUCUUAGACCUGCAGUGUGACCACAGCCAGGGUCUGUCACAGGUGAUGUUGCCUUGAGUCAGCUCACACUUAGCUGCUGACUUGGGGAGGUGAUUACUUGUGCCCAGAAGGAGGUAAAGGAUGCUGUCUUUGCAGGUUCUUCAUGGGGUGAUAGAAAGAGUGUGGGGGUAGACAGAUUGUUUCAAGUCCUGGCUUGGCCUUUGAGUGGAGAAGGCAUCUUUCCCCAUGUAACGUGAGGGAAGGAAGAGAUGGGGGCAGGUGCAGGUAGGUCUAUAGAUUUUGGGAAGAGAAUGAGGAGGUUGCCUCUGAUGGCUUCUGUUUUUUCCCAUCAAAUGUGAUGUAGAAGUGGGGAUGGGAGCUUUGAAGAAGGAAAGUGGGAUUGGAAUGAGAGCACCUUUGUGGACAGAGGGUGAGGACACUAUCCAAAGACAUGUGACCCCUAAGAUUUCUGGACCAUGCACAGGGCCCAUUUGAUGUUGGCCGAAUUGAUAGUCCUACCGGGCUUUUCCAUAGGCUCCUUCUUUCCUAGCAAUGUUCAGCUCAGGUACAGAUGGGAGUUCUGUUCAUCCAGGGGAAGUGUGAGCAGAAGACGAGGCAGGGGAGAGCAUUAGAAAACAUGUAAUGAAUUAUGGAAUCUAAGCUGGACAGGGAGAGAAGUGGAGAUGGAAAAAAACUGAGUAGCCGCGUUAAUAGAUGUCUGUUCCAAACAGGGGGUAGAAUAAUUACAAUAGAAGCACUAGAACCAGUGAGCUGGAGAGAGAUGGGACUGGAAGGAGAGCUAUAAACCAAUAUAAAAACAGGUUAAUGUCUGUUCUAUGUAAAGAGCAAAUAAAAUCAGUUCUGGGAGUUCCAGAGUUCUGGGAAAUUGGAGGGCAAUAAACAGAGAUGGAGGAAAUGCAGCUGAAGCGCAGAGGAAGAAAUGCUCACCCUUGUUAUGAGGGGCCCUGAGAUGGGUGUACCUGCAUAGAUGACAGCAUUGUCCCAUCAGACUUGGGAGCACCCCAUCUGUCCUGGGGCUCUGGGAACUCUGCGCCUGAGAAGAUCUCAUCCAGGAGCUGGAUUUAAGGGCUAUAAAUACCUUCCUAAGUCCUCACUAGGCACCUGCCAGAUGCUUUGCUCCCAAGGAAAUGCAUAUGACCCUUGAGAUGCUUAAGGGCUCUAUUCAGAAGCCACGCCCAGAUGCCUGGUUGUUUGAGACCAAGAUUGAGCCCUCCUGCCUUUGUUUAUUCAGCAGGUCUUUAUGGAGCCUUAAAGGGACUCAACCUAAUGUUUGAGGAAGGGAGCAUCCUGAUGUCAGAAGCCCUGGGUGUGUGUUAGUGCCAGCACAAGUCUUUGAGGUUUCUGCUGGCUGUGACUUGGUGAUCCUGUGAUUCUGAGUUCAACUAGAGUAUGUGGGCACAGAGGGGUGGGAGCCGGGUUCUGCUCUUGGGGAACUUCCAGUGUGGUUGAUGGGCUAGAAUUUGUACUUGGGGAACCAUGCAUGAGAGCAGCCCAGGUCUGCAGGAGGUCAGAGGGAUGGGACAUGAAUAAGGCUGCAAUAGUGAAGGAAGGCUUUGUGGAGGAAGCGACAUGGUAGUUGUCUAACAAAUGAAUUAGAUAAAGACUGAGAUCCCAGCCAUUGCUUCCUGCCCCAUUUAAGAGCAGGGCAGAUGGUACAGUGGCUUGAAGAGAAGUUUCUACAAGGCCUUUUACUUUCCACUUUUUGUGCCCCUUGCAAGAGAAGAUAUAAGGGUUUCUUGUGCCUUGGGCUUGGUGAUUGCUGAGUCUGGGAGGGCCAGGGGCUGAGGACAUUCUUAUAAGGAGAAGAGCAUUUCUACCACCUGGAGGCUUUGGGGCCCUUCAGUGGGGCUUGCUGGACUGAGGUUCUGGGUUCCUCCUCUAGGGACUCCCUGUUCUCUAGAUUUCUCAGAUCCCUCGGAGUGGGUGUGGGGAGGGGAAUUGGUCUAAGCUCCCAGCUUUCUUUCUUACAGUCUGUACUCCUUCUGUGUGUGUAUGUAUGUGUGUCUCAUGUAUCUGUGUGUGUGUGUGUAUUCACUGAUGUGGGUUGUGGGUGCGAAUAUCUGUAAAUGUGGCUUUCAUGUAUGUUUGUGUGUAUCUCCCUCUCUGUGCAUUGUGCUGUUUGCAUGUGUUUGAUUGUGGGUCUGUUGAUUUAUGGGUGUGUGUGUCCAUGUCUGGGUGGUCACAUGUCUCUGCAUGGGCCUGGGUGUCUGUGUGCAUGUCUGGUGUUUGUCUCUGUGCGUGCAUGUGCUCCUGGGUCUGCAGUGAACAGCGUCACGCUGGCCGUGAACCUGGUGGGCUGUCUCGCGUGGCUGAUCGGAGGCGGGGGAGCCACCAACUUUGGCCUCGCCUUUCUCUGGCUCAUCCUCUUCACACCCUGCUCCUACGUCUGCUGGUUUCGGCCCAUUUACAAGGCCUUCAAGACUGACAGCUCCUUCAGCUUCAUGGCAUUCUUCUUCACCUUCAUGGCCCAGCUGGUCAUCAGCAUCAUCCAGGCUGUUGGCAUCCCAGGCUGGGGCGUCUGCGGCUGGAUCGCUACCAUCUCCUUCUUUGGAACAAACGUUGGCUCAGCAGUGGUGAUGCUCAUUCCCACCAUCAUGUUCACGGUUGUGGCUGUGUUUUCCUUCAUCGCCCUCAGCAUGGUUCAUAAAUUCUACCGGGGCAGUGGGGGGAGUUUCAGCAAAGCUCAGGAGGAGUGGACCACGGGGGCAUGGAAGAACCCACACGUGCAGCAGGCGGCCCAGAAUGCAGCCAUGGGGGCGGCCCAGGGUGCCAUGAAUCAGCCGCAGACUCAGUAUUCCGCCACCCCCAACUACACAUACUCCAAUGAGAUAUGAAGAGACAGGUCCAGGGAGAGAAGUACCCUGGGCCAGGGUCACACACGAGCUCAGGAAAACAACCAUGGACAGGGCCCAGGGCUCCUGAUGCACCAGCCAGGCUUCUGUACCAGUGU